GUUUACAAUAUAUAUUUGUGGGCCAACUGGAGAAAGUGAGAGUUCGUCCAGAAUCAGGGCAAAGUCAGGGUCAGGCUUAUACUGAAAGUUUGUUCCCGGUAACUUAAUUUAUUUUCCUCUAAACUUGAGUGAAGAUUUGAGAGAGUCGAAGAGGUGUUUGUGAGUAGGCCUACAUACAGGAGCAGCUUAAAACAUGGCAGAUGUGAAAGCUUCAAACAAAAAAAUAGCCGGUUGUAACUUUGUGGCACAGGAUCAAAUCUGGAAAGAUCACGUCAAGCACGAACAGGGUGCGGCAAAACUCUGGCCUCAGAACUGGGACUUCCUCACGACCAAAUACGAAGAGUUGGUCAAAGAUGAAAGUUCAAGGAAAGAUUGUUCGAAGAAACAGUUACCUUCCCAUUUGCAGCCACCACCUGUCACACCGAUAGAGAAGUACAUCAAGGUUGGACCAUCACCAAAACCAGUCCCAAAUACAACGGCAAAGAUGAUUGGCUGGCGCUCAGGAUUACCACAGCUGCAGCUAGAACGCUAUGGAAAAUACGCAAAUCCGAAAGGAGGUCUUGUUAAGCAGCUAAACUGGCCAGAAGAGGCUGUGGAAUAAGCAAUGAUCAUUCCCCCAGUGCGCACACACCAGCAGCAUGUGGUCGCAAAUCACUCCGACUGGUGUUUUGACUGGUAUACUGGUUUGAUGACGCGUAUAGAAGUAGUGGACUGAGCGAUACAAGUUUCAUAAGCUCUAUGGUUUUAACCUAUGCACUUGCAUUUUAGAUACUUGUCACGUGUGUUGAAGAUUACAGCACACUAUUGCCAGGUCUUUAUGAAUGAAACAGAAUUUUAUACGACGAAAUAUUUUUUUCUGUUGUAUUGUCUUCCUGAAUGAUGUCUAACUGCAAAACCCUAAAACAGCUUAGACUAAGAUUCUUAUUCUCCAAUCCAGUGACGAGAACGGAUUUCCAACCUGUAUAUAUGAAAACCUUAUGUACCUGAAACGACCAUAAUUUUAUACAAUGUAAGGGUCGAAGUUAUUUCUGGACAGGCUUCUCUUAACUUAGUACCUUGGUAGGUGUCGAUGUAGCCGACUGGUUAGAUUGUUGGACUUGUCUCGGAUGUGUUGGACCGAUCGAUACUUGUCUGACAGCCAGAUCAGCACCACCAUCAAGGGCGAGUGUCCUGGCCCAUACCCGUCGUUCAAACAUAUGCACACAUGAAGCUUCUGGAGGCACGGGCUUGAUGGAAUUUGUCUGCAGAGAGGUUAAACGCGUGGUCUAUUCUUAUGUAUGCGGUAUGAUCUAAUAAAUAUUCCUUAGAAUCAUCCUUACUGAAGGCUUUAGACAAUCGCGAUGCCGUAAACAUUAGUUUAACCACACACAUAUAAAUGAUCAUUGUUACACAACGGGAAUAGUCCUCACUCGCCAUAUACAUUUUUAUAUAUAUUAUUUUUUGAAAUUAAUUAUAUAUUAGAUUUAUGGAUAUGAGAUUUUAAUAUUUCAACUGUAUGCCAACUUCGUAUAAAUUACAUAUCUAGUGUCAUUUUGACACAACAUGUAUAUCUAUGUGAAUAUAUAUCUAUAGACACAUAUUUGUUUCAUUACAUGUGGUAUGUUCGUGACAUGUAUUUAAAUGUGGAAGUCUCCUUCACAGGUGACUUUUCAUGUUUUUAGUCUUGACUUUAUAUUUGUGAUAUUUCUAUUUAAAGGGAUUAAGCACUAUCUUUAUCACAACACACCGCCAUGAUGACCAAAUAUACAGUAUUACAGUAUAUGCACUGUGGCAUACAAUUAUCUAGUUGUAUCAAGUUAUUUCCAUUGUUUUAUGGAGGCAUAUACAUUUUAUUCACGUUAAAUAUUUUGUUGCACUUAUAUAAUUACAGUGAGAAUUAAAUCUGUUGGUUUUUGUGUAAUUUUGAAUUCAGGGUUUUGUGUACAUAAAAUGUCGUCUUGGAGUCUGUAGUAAAUGCUUUUUGCCCUUUGUAUUGUUAUAUAUUUGU